AUGGAUGAAGAAGUCGUUCCUGUAUAUCUGCUGGACCGAAAUAAAUCCAAUAGCGUUACCAUAAUAGACGAUAUGGCUGAAUUUCUGGAAUUUAUGAAUCAACAAGAUCGUGACUUGGAUUCGUCUUUAAACAUGUCACUGGGAGUGUCAGAUCCAAUUCUGACAAGUAGCUCUUCUCAUCCGACAACGACUAGCUUUGAACCCCACUAUGUGUAUACACUACGACAUCGUCUGGAUGAUACAUCAUCUCAGUAUGUGCAACCAUAUGAUCCAGCUUGGUUCCCUCAAUACGUUGAAGAAAUGGACGCUAGUACUCCGUACGAACAUACAUAUAUAUGUUUUACUCCACCAACACAGCAUUUUGACAAUUUAGAAGAAGAUUUAGAUAUUACAAACUUCGGUUUGCCUUUUAUUUCUUACUUUGUAGGCUUAAAAACAAGUGGGUUAUGUCAAUCACCCUUAAAAUGUAAUUUUACAUGUAUAGCAUGUUUAAAUUAA